AUGGACAGCUUUGCGGGGCUUGGAUUCCUGUUGUGCAGGCCCAGCAAGCGCAGGCCAGCCGAGGAAACAUGCGGCGCAUGUCUUCAUGUGUUCCUCUGCAAGGCUGCGCUUGCAGAGAGAACUGAAGCGAAGGCCUCCAAGGUAAGUCCAUCCAAGGAAAGCCCGGAAGUGCAGACAGUGACGCGAGUCGUGACGGUCGAGAAAGAGAAAGACAAAAUCGUGGCUCCUGCUGCACGUGACGGUGGGUGGAAGGACAAGUGCACGGCGCUGGAAGACGAGAAGAUCGAUUUGGAGAAUAAGAUCACAGAGUUGAACCAGCAGGUCCAGGUCCUGACAGAAAAGCUCCAGGAAGUUGGAGGAGAGCAGGCGAUACGCGAAGUCCAGGAAAAAAUCAAGCUGACUCCAGUGAAAAAGAAGAAAAAGAAGCGGUCCGCCUACCAGCGCCUCUGGCAGGAUGCCCAGCGGCGGAUCAUCUCCAUGCGGGUUCAAGCGAAAAGUUUGGCAGAAGAACAGGGGAAAGAAAUUGGCCAGUGGCGAAAGACGGUGGUCAGCGAAAAAUCAAUCAAAAUCAUCGAAAACAUCAGCAAGAUGCACAAAGCAGUCAGCACGGCCCAGCGCCGCCUGACACAUGCAAUGCUGCAGUUCCAAGCUGAGAGCUUUCCGGAGGGAGAGGACAGCCAGGAACUUCCGCAGGAGAACAGCCAGGACACGCUGGACACGCAGGGUACACAAGACAGCAACGAGGGAGCCAGUGAAGACAUGCAGCUGCACUCCGUCUGGGACGAUGAUGAUGAUGAAGAGGAGGAGGAUGGCGAACUCAGCCCGCUUCCUUUUCAGUUACCGAAGAGCGCCGGGACCACUCGAGGAGGAGUCACUGUCAGACGAGGAGAGUUGUCUGCGCAUUCAAUCAGUUCGAAAGCUUUGCAGGAGGAGGCUCGUCCUCCAGCUUCAUGA